GUAUGAAAAAUAUUUUUAUCUGUUAUUUUCAGGCAAAGAAUUAAUGGAACUACCAAUAAUUGUCAAAACAAUUCACAAAUGUGAUGAAGCACUAAAACCAUACGGUAUAUGUGUCACGGACAUUUUAUUAAAUAAAAAGGAAAUUACCUGCAAUGACAGUAUAAAAUUAUUCAUGGCAAUUAUUAGUAUUCAGAUUGCAAUGGUAGAUCUUUUACUACAUAUUGGAAUUGUGCCCGAUUAUGUACUCGGUCAGUCAAUUGGUGAACUCUUAUGCGGAUACGUGGAUGAACUUUUUACUCUUAAGGAAACAAUUGUAAUGGCGUAUUAUAUGAGUGUUGCGUUCGAAAAACUAAAAGUAGAACACUGUAAUUAUAUUUCUGCUGCUUCUAAUCAAUAUUCAGAAUCUACUAGACUAAAGCUACAAGAAUAUCUGAAUCAAAUAGUACCAUAUAAAUCAAUGAAAAGUUAUAAGUAUAGUAAGAAAUGGUUAAACACGCUUUUACCUCACAGUAAAAUAUACAACUCAUUUACGCAGUUAUCUGCUGCAGAAUAUUAUGCAUACAGUGCAGUAUAUUCGUCACUUGAAGAACUAUUACCUAUAAUACCGGAAAAUGUAGUAGUUAUUGAAAUAGUAUCAUAUAAUAAUUGGCAAUUUUUCAUGAAGAAAGUUUUGGAUUCAAACUAUAUUUCAUUAUUUCAACACGGUCAAGGAAAUAAUAUAGAUAGCAUUUUGAAAGGAAUUGGGAAUCUUUAUAAUAUCGGAUGUCAACCGCAAGUUGCAAACUUGUAUCCGCCAAUACAAUUUCCAGUCAGUCGUGGAACACCAAUGAUAUCUCCUCUAAUAAAAUGGGAUCACUCUGAGAAUUGUUACGUUGCAACCUUUAUAAGUGAGAAAAAACCUAACAUUAGAGAAACAAUUGAAGAGAUUACAUUCAAAGAUUCCAGUUUGAAAUAUAUGUAUGAUCAUGUAAUUGAUAGAAGGAUUCUACUGCCAGCUUCAGGUUAUCUGUUUUUAAUUUGGAAAAUGAUUGGAACACUGUCAUGCUGUGACUAUAAAAAUAUACCAAUUAUAUUUGAAGAUGUUAACUUUCUUCGUGCUACUCACUUAUCAAAAACGACUACAGUUAAACUGACACUUUCAAUACAAAACGGCAGCAAUCAAUUCGAGAUUAGUGAAGAAACUACUGUUGUCGUUACUGGAAAAGUGUGGAUUCCAAAUGAUAUUGCAAAUCAUAAAGUACUUAUUCAUAAUUUAAAUGAACCUAAACAUAACGUCACAGAAUAUAUGAAUACCAAGGAUAUUUACAAAGAAUUGCGACUUCGUGGUUAUCACUAUUCCGGUAUAUUUCAAGGCUUAAAAAGUGCAUCAAUUUCAACAAAAGUAGGGCAUAUAAGAUGGUCAGACAAUUGGACAGCAUUUAUCGAUAACAUGCUUCAGAUGAAAAUUCUGUUACUAGAUUCGAGAAAUCUUUUUGUACCAACAAGAAUUCGUAAAUUAGUAAUUGAUCCUGAAUUUCACAUGAAGCAAAUACAAACUACGCCUGAUGAAAGAGCGAACUUUCCUGUACGCGUUUAUGAUUCUCUGGAUGUUAUAAUAUCUGGAGGAAUAGAAAUUUAUGGCGUUAUGGCUACAAAUAUACCUCGACAAAAUACUGAAUCUAUUCAUGAUGAAUAUUGUUUUAUUGCUCAUUGUGAUCGUGCCGUGAUGUCUCUAACAGAAAUUAUACAAAUGUCAGCGCAUAUUUCGCUAGAAUGUAAUCCAGUACUACAUGCAAACUUUAUUGAAUUAAUUGAGGAUGUUGACACAGUUACAGAGCAAGAUCUACUUUCUACAAUCUGUUAUGAUAUUUUAAAUAAUUUGCCAUUAAUCGAACCCAAUAUUACAUUAGUUGCUACAGCUAAUCGUUUCAAAACUAAUGAAUUAUCUCCAAAUAUCAACCUGUCCGGCAAUUUGACAAAAGAUAAAAAUGUCCUAAUGAUUAUAGUUUUCAAACUUUUAACAAAAAACAGAAGUGAAUUAAUCGAUACAUUAUUGUCUACAUUAAAAGAAGGUAGCUUUGUGCUGUCAAGAGAAAAUCUCACUGAGUCCUACAACUAUACAUUAUUACAACAAUAUAAGUUGAAUAUAGUUUUAGAAAAACGUACAGAGAAAGAGGCAUUUGUGCUUUUAAGAAAAACACAAAGCAUUGUACCGCAAGAAGUUAUAUAUAUAAAUAACUCUGACUUUUCGUGGAUUAACAAGUUGAAGUCUUCAUUAAACAUGGAUGAUAAAUUAAACGCAUCUACAAGAACAAUAUUAGUUGCGGACGAUUUUGAAUGUGGCAUAUUAGGUUUUAUCAAUUGUUUACGAAAAGAGCUGAACAAAACGGAUGACAAGAUUAGAUGUGUAUUUAUCCAAGAUGAAAAUGCGCCAAAAUUCUCUUUACAAGACUCUGUCUACAUAAACCAACUACAAUUGGAUUUGCCUAUUAAUAUUUUACGUCCCAACAAAGUUUGGGGAUCGUAUAGACAUCUUCCGUUACCACAAUUAGAACCAAAAUUUGUACAGCAUGGUUAUGUCGUUCAGAGUGUGCGAGGUGAUUUGAGCAAGUUGCGUUGGAUUGAAGGUCCGAUAUUCCCUGAUUACAAACAAGAAAAUCUCGUACGUGUAGUAUAUGCAUCACUUAAUUUCAAGGAUAUUAUGAUAGCUACUGGUAGAAUUCCUUUGGAUAUUUCUGGAAAAAAAGCAAGAGAAAUCGAUUCUUUCCUAGGUUGUGAAUUUGUCGGGUUCAAUGCAGCUGGAAAAAGAAUAAUGGGAAUAUCUACUUUAAGAGGAAUCACUAAUCUUAUUGUGGCUGAUCCACAACUUUGUUGGAUCAUUCCUGACAAAUGGACGUUAGAGGAUGCUGCAACUGUCCCAGUUGCUUAUUGUACAAGUUGUUAUGCUUUGUACACAUGUGGAAAAUUAAAGAAAGGAGAGAAAAUUCUUAUACAUUCCGGCACUGGUGCCGUUGGGCAAUCUGCAAUUUAUCUCGCGCUUUUUGAAGGAUGUGAAAUAUUUACAACUGUAGGAACACCUGAAAAACGAAACUUUAUAAGAGAAAAAUUUCCUUCUAUUCCUGAAGAUCAUAUAGGAAAUUCUCGAGACACCAGCUUCGAACAAAUGAUUAGUCAAAAAACAAGAGGUCGAGGUGUGGACAUCGUGCUAAAUUCUUUAGCAGAAGACAAACUACAAGCAUCUAUUCGGUGUUUGGCAAGAGGUGGUCGAUUUUUAGAAAUUGGAAAGUAUGAUUUAAUAUCUAACAGUACUAUAAAUCUAAAAGAAUUUUCAAAAGGCAUUAGUUUUUAUGGAGUUCUGUUAGACAGAGUAUUUAUUAGUACUGAUGAAAGAAGAAAAAUACAUAUUCAUAACUUGUUAAACAAUAUGAUUCAGCGUGGAGCAGUCGAACCACUUAAAAGAGAAGUUUUUGAACAACAUGAGGUAGAAACCGCUUUUAAACAUAUGGCAGCUGCGAAACAUAUAGGAAAGGUAAUCAUAAAAAUACGUACAGAAGAAGAAGUUGUGGACGCUCCUAUUCUCGCGUAUCCUCAAUAUUUCUGUAAUGAACAUAAAUCUUAUAUUAUUUUGGGUGGUUUAGGCGGUUUUGGCCUAGAGUUAACUGACUGGUUGAUUCUUCGUGGCGCUCGAAAAAUUAUACUCAUUUCACGAAAUGGUAUAAAGAACGGUUAUCAACAGUCAAGAGUAGAGUUAUGGAAAUCGUAUGGAGUAAAUGUGCAAAUAAUGACAGGCAUUGACGCAUCUACUCAUGAAGAUUGUGCUUCCAUUUUACGUUUUGCCAACAAAUUAGGACCAGUAGAUGCUAUAUUUAAUCUCGCAGUUGUGCUAAAUGAUAAUAUUUUCACGAAUCAAACUCCGGAAACAUUUGAAGAAUCAUUUCAGUCGAAAGCUCGAGCUACAAAGCAACUGGACCAUUUGUCUAGAAAAAUGUGUCCUCAUCUGCGACAUUUUGUAGUAUUUUCAUCUGUUUCAUGUGGAAAAGGAAAUCCUGGGCAAACUAACUACGGUAUGGCCAAUUCGAUAAUGGAAAGAAUCUGCGAAAAAAGAGUACAAGAUGGAUUACCUGGCAUGGCUAUUCAGUGGGGUGCGAUAGGUGACGUCGGCCUUGUUGCUGACAUGCAACAGAACAAUAAAGAACUAGUUAUCAGUGGAACAUUGCAACAACGAAUAUCAUCUUGUUUAGAAUCACUGAACACUUUCUUAAUGCAGAAUCGACCGAUUGUAAGCAGUAUGAUUGUAGCUACAAAAUCGAAAGUUUCUGGAGAUAUUGCGCAUAUUGUGAUGAACAUUAUGGGAUUGAAAACUUUAAAAGGAGUUGGAGAACAUGUACUCUUGUCUGAACUUGGCAUGGAUUCUAUGAUGGGUUUAGAAAUUAAGCAAACAAUAGAAAGAGAAUUCAGUAUUUUCUUCACAAUUCAAGAACUUCGAAAUCUCACCUUCGCUAAGCUUAAAGAAAUAGCUAACAAAGAUACGUACGACAAACAGAAUGCUGAGAAACAACUUGACACAAAUAACUCGCAACAUAUAAAAAUUUUUAAUCUUUUCCAGUUAAUAUCUGACUUAGAUAUAUUUUCAGACAUUUGUAUAGAGCUUUCUACACAACGAGAAAUAAGUAGAAACCAAGUAUUUCUUUUGCCAGGAAUUGAAGGAUUUGCUAACGUAUACAACUCAAUAGCUCCAAAAAUUAAAGCUCCUGCAAUAUGCUUACAACAUAGUUCUAUUAAUAUUCCUGAAUCUGCUCACUCUGUAAUACAAUCAGCCACUGAUCUUUUACCUCAUAUUUUAUCAAAACUAACAGAUUCUACAGAAUUCGUAAUUGGCGCAUAUUCAUACGGAUCUCUUAUUGCUAUUGAAAUUGUAAAACAAUUAGAAGCUAAAAACUUUCGAGGACGAUUAAUAUUAAUCGACGGAGCUCCUAAGUACUUACAAAUCGUACAGGAAACAUUGUUCCCGUUUACUAAUAGUCAAGAAUUUCAAAUUCUUGUGUUAAAACAAAUGACGGAUGUGUUUAAUAUACCUGUAUCAGAACUGAAUAUAUCAGAAAUUAGUAAAUAUGUAACCUGGGAAGAAAAACUAAAUAUUUUUAUCAAAAAUCUGAAGUCUGAAAUAACCAAUACAAUUUCUUCUGAUUCUAUUAAAAUAUUUUGUACAACAAUUUACAAACAUUUAAUUGCUGUUCAAGAAUAUGAUACGUCUUCAUUGAUAUCAAUUCGGUCACCUAUAAUAUUAUUGAAAGCAACAAAUCCAUUACUUCCUUCAGUAGAAGAAGAUUAUGGUCUAAAUAAGAUAAGCAAAAAUGUACAAAUUCAUUACGUAGACAGCAAUCAUAUAUCAAUAAUUAAUACUGAACAGGUUGCAGCUGCUAUUAAUGGAGUAAUAAGAGAAGAGCAAUAAAUAGUUUGUUGUCGAGAGAAAUAACAAAAGAAUGUAAAAGCAUCAAGUAAUUUGCUGUCAAUUUAGCAAAAACGAACCAUUAUCUAAAAAAGAUAUGCAAAAUUUCUAAGAGUGCUCAAUGUAAAAAAAUACUUAUAUAACAACU